AAUGUUUCUGUCUUCAUACUGUAUUGUUGGUUGCGAUGCUUCAUUUGCGUAUGCCCGGUUGAACAUUCAAUAUGUUCUUGUUGUUGUCGUUGUUGUUUUUUUUUUCAUCAUCGCGUCUCACGAACUCUGCAAACUUAAAUAUUGUAUACACACAUGCAACCAACAAAGUUCUGAAAUAAAAACAUAUUUUCAACUGGAUUCACAAUAUAUAUGCAGCCAGGCAGAUAAAAACUGCAUUGGGCUUUAAAAGUCGCGCAAAUAAUUACUUUUAAAUUUCUCAUCAUUUCAGUCGAUUCAAGACGUUGAGUCUGCGCGGUCGCGUAGUACUAAAUCCACUUAAAUACGGAUCGGAUAGCAUUUUACAAGAGUGAAAUAACCAUAAAAUAUUGUAAUAAAGUCUGUGCGGUGUUUCAUUCAGUUUGUUUUUUUUUGCUUAAAAUUUUAAAUCGAAACAAGAGAUUUUAUUUAUUUAUUAACCAGAUAACUUCGUGUCUAUCAAAUUUUCGUAUUUAAAAAAAGAAAGAAAAUCUCCAUAUAUGCUUGGGACAAUCAAAUGCAAGUCGCGAACGUAUAUAAAUGUUGUUUUAAGUCGGAAACUAUAAAUAAAAUAGAAAAAGUCCAAGCCUAUAACAAAAGCAACAAAUAAAGGAAAUCAUAAACAGAAAACAUACACAAAAAGGAAUAGAAAAACGAUGUGCAACUUCUUAACACACCAUUAUAGACGAUAAAUGUGGCGUUAAAGUAGAGUCAAGAGUGCAAUUGCACGGGAUAUUUAUACAGUCGUUAAGCGCAAAAUUCUAAUGAAACAACAAAAAUGAUUAUGUUAAUUUUAAACUGAUUUUGUGCGAAGUGGAAAAUGUUAAAGAGAAAAUAUAUUUUUUAAACAAAAAAAAGUUAUUUCAAUUGCAUCAUUUACACAUUUUGUUUAUUUAUAGUAGAGCAAUAUAUAAACGACGAUAGAUAUUUUUAGACUGAAAAUCUUUUUUUAAAAAGACCGAUAAAUUUUCAAAAUGUUUUCCACUGAUUACGCGAUGAUGCUACUGCUGCUAUCACUCUGCAUAAUGAGCUCAUCAUCAGCCAGAUUGCUACAACACAGACAUCACCGACAUCACAGCAAUGUCUCGCAUCAUGUUCAUACCAGACAUAAUAGUUCACAACACAUUGUACAUCGGACCGUACCAAUUCGGAGUACUGGCGAGCCAUUGAAACUGACUCUGGUAAACGCUUAUCCGAACGGCUUUUUCAAUCCGCAUUUUAAUCGACGAUGGAAUGCAAAUGAAAACGAACAGCGAGACGUUGAGAUCAAUUGGAAUAGGGAGCCCACCGCUGUUACUUCAACAGCAAAAACAACAACAACAUUAUCCACAACGACAAUGAGAUCGUUGCGAGAUCGUUCGUACACAAAACACAACGCUAUAGGGAGAAAUGUUUGUGGAGACCAAAGAACUGUAACAACAUCAGUAAACACUAACGAUAUGAGACAGCCAUGUCUAAAUUCAGCGGUAUGCAACAAUGGAUUCGGUUAUCCAGGAAUCAAGCAUCGUGUCACUAAGCAAUACAUUCAUAAUUGCUGUCCCGGUUGGGCUCAAGUAUCCAAAAGUUCUCAUGGAUGUACAAAGCCGAUUUGUAAGCAACCGUGCAAAAAUGGUGGUAAAUGUGUUAAGCCGGACAUUUGUAGUUGUUCAUCAGGUUUUUCGGGUCGAUACUGUGAAUUAGACAUAAACGAGUGUCUAGAGGAGAAGCCCUGUGAUCAGGCAUGCUACAAUACGCUCGGAUCGUAUUACUGUAAAUGUCGUGAUGGAUUUCAACUAAUGGGCGACAAACAAAGUUGCAGAAAAUUGAAUGCUGGAGAUGAUUCUGCUUUCGAAGCGAAAGACUUGGAAAAUGAAGUAGACUAUGAGCAGUUGACCUUGAAAAUAAGUAAAAUUGAAAAGUUAAUUGAAACCGAACAAGAGAUGAAUUAUGAACUUCAGAAGAAAAUACAGACUUCGGCGGCAACUAUGAACCAGUUGAAGAUUAGAAUUGAUAAUAUGGAUCAACGACAACACGAAAUGAAUUACAUCAAAGACAGAGUCAAUUCUUUAAAUUAUCUCGUCGAUGUACUGUACAAAUGUCGAACACAGUCAUCGAUAUUCUGUCCGCUGCAGAGCUAGUAAACGUAUUCUCGUUAUAAAUAAUGUUAGCGCAAUAAUAAGAAAAUUAUCAACAUUUUUCGAUCAGUUUCCUUAAAAGAGAUUUUUCUCUGAAAUUGUAUGGACUAUUUUUAUGUAUUGUUUCGUGUGCAAUGCUGUAAACACAAUGUCGAACAGAUAAAAAAGAAACAUUGGAAAAACGUGCAGUGAACGGCUUAAUGGGAUUAUGAUACAAAUGAAACAUUUCGUUGGAUAAUUUCAAUAAAAUAUGAUGUGGGAGCGCUUAUGAAUCAAACUGUGCUAUAUAAUAAUGAUUAAGAAUGAGAAAACGGUGCCUUAUUUGCAACUAUACGAUCUGACGAUGUGAAGAGAAAUACGUCGAUGUUCCCUCCUCUAAUUAAGUCAUAUUUCCUCUAUAAUUUAAUUGAAGAUUGAACAGAGAUUUUUCGUGCUUAUUAUUACUAAGAAGAUGCAAUGUGAUUUUAUGUAGUCUUUUGAAACAAUUAAUGCAUGCGCCAAUUAGCCAUAAGACGGCAGGCAUAUAAUAUCAUUAAAAUCUGUUGCUUCCUUUGGAUAGAGUAUCGACCAGUGUUUGAUACAAAAUCCUUUACUUCAUUUAUUUUAAUGUCGUAGACGAUAAAAGAUUGAUGACUAGCCGUAUCCAGAAAAUUAAAGUAUUCUCUGAAAAAUAAUUAAGUUUUUAGAAUCGCUAUGCUAGUCAUCUGUUAUCGACGGCGAUGAUAAAACUAAUUGAUGAGCUCUGGCUAGUAUCCUCUUAUAUAUGUAAAACAAGUGAAAUAAAA